AUAAAUCAGCUGACUUUCCGUGACUUAUACAAGAGCGAGCAGAGAGCUUCUCACGUUCAAAACAAGCAGCGUGGAAGUCGAUUGACAGUUUUCGGAAGUGGGAACAACGGGACUGUGUUCAAUCUCCUGACCGUGUUUGUGCCCCCUCACUCGGGUCAGACGACGAGGACCGUCCGGGGUCCGGUCCGGUCCGGUCUGCACUUUAUUCGCAGGCUGCUCACACACAUUUCUCGGAGGACUCAGCACGAUGAAGCUGCUGCCGCUGCUGCUGCCUUGCUUUGGGCUGAUCACCUGCACUGUGCUUGUACUGCUGCCGGGUUUGGGCUCUUGUCAUCCUGCACCGACCUCAGACCAGCCCAAGCUGGUGUUCAUGGAGCAGCUAAGCCGUCGAAGUGUGGGCUUUAACUGGAGGAAUGUCUCCUGUCAGCUGUGCAAAGGAAUCUUCACCAUCCUCGACGUCGCCCUCCUGAGUGACAUAAAUGAAGAGCGAGUGGCACGCGCCGUAAGGGCGGCAUGUAUCCUUCUCCAUCUGGCCGAAGAGCAGGUGUGUCGAGACAUAACGGAGUUGUUCAGGGAUGACUUCAUCCGGGCUCUGCAGGAGUCCUUGCUGUGGCCCACAGAAGCGUGCGCCCUGCUUGUUGGCUCUUCCUGUGGCAAAUUUGACAUCUAUGCCCCAUGGAACAUCACCCUGCCAAAGGCCCCAAAGCCCCCUGUUACGCCACCCUCCCUUCCCAAACCUGGCUCUCCACAGAGCAGGGUCCUGUUCCUAACUGACAUCCACUGGGACCAGGAGUAUUCAGCCGGCAGCGCUGGAGACUGCAAGGACCCUCUGUGUUGUCGUAACGACUCGGGCUCUCCCAGCUGGCGAAAGAUGGAGGCUGGGUACUGGGGUACCUACAGUAAGUGUGACCUGCCUCUACGGACAGUGGAGAACCUCAUGGAAAAUGCAGCCAGAGACGGACCCUGGGACUGGGUCUACUGGACCGGAGACAUACCAGCGCACAACGUUUGGUCUCAGACCAGGAAUCAGCAGCUGUCAGAGCUUACAGGCAUCUCCAGGCUCAUCCACAAACACCUGGGGCCUAAGGUGAUAGUUUACCCUGCUAUAGGGAACCAUGAGAGUACACCAGUGAACAGCUUCCCCCCACCAUUCGUUCAUGGCAACAGAUCCUGCGCCUGGCUCUACAAUACAAUGGCGGAGGAAUGGGCACCAUGGUUACCAGAGCAGGCUUUGAAGACUUUAAGAUAUGGAGGAUUCUACACGGUGGAGAUUCAGCCUGGCCUGAGGGUGGUCUCUCUCAACAUGAACUUUUGUGCUCGAGAAAACUUCUGGCUGAUGGUGAACUCCACUGAUCCUGCUAACCAGCUGCAGUGGCUGGUCCACAUUCUCCAGGAGAGUGAGGACAAGGGAGAGAAGGUGCAUAUAAUUGGUCACAUUCCACCUGGCCUGUGUCUUGGCAGCUGGAGCUGGAACUACUAUCACAUUGUCAACAGAUAUGAAAGCACAGUGACUGCACAGUUUUUUGGCCAUACACACAUGGAUGAGUUCCAAAUGUUUUAUGACGAGGCGACCAUGACCCGCCCAUUGGGAGUGGCAUUCAUCGCGCCCAGUGUCACUACCUACAUUAAUCUUAACCCAGGUUUCCGUGUCUACUACGUGGAUGGGAAUUACAAAGGCAGUUCCAGGCUGGUGCUUGACCAUGAAACUUACAUCCUCAACCUCACAGAGGUCAACCACGGUCCAGGAGCGGCAGGUAGCCCCAAACAGAACCCCAAAUGGACACUGCUGUACCGCGCCACCGAGGCAUACGGUCUGAAAAGUCUGUUCCCUUCUGACUGGGACGGGUUGUUGCGGGCCUUUAUCAAUGACGACCGGGUUUUUCAGAAGUUCUGGUACUUAAGACAUAAAGGACAUGUGUCGGCGCCCUGCAAGGAGACAUGCAAAACCACAAUGCUCUGCUUUCUGCAAAGCGGGCGAUACGAUGAGCUGGAGCAAUGCGACUACAUCAAUGGUUAUGGAGGAAACUUGGCACGGGCUGCUAGAAAAACCCUCUGUUGACCAGAGGAAGUUUGGAAUGAUUGUCUGGGUGACACAAAAAGUAUGACCAAAUCUGAAAAUUGUGCCGAAAAGUGUAUUAUUUCCUUCUGCUAUUUGUUCAACAAGGAUUGUAUUUGUUUAAUAGCAAAGUCACAAGAGUUACUGAUCAUCUCUGAAAGUUUAUGGAUUUUGUGAGCCUGACAUGUCUGAAGAACUCUUAGUUAUGCCUUGUGUUAUCAGUAAUGUUUUUACAAAGACAUCUAACUGAUUGUGAUUGUAACAGGCCUUGGGUUUGUCAACUGCUGUUUUGCAAAUGCCAAUUUGGUAAUGGCUGCUCGAAAUUGUCCUGAAAGGUGGUGUGCUUACUUGAAAUGCACAGAAUUGCAGGAGUCAUGAUUUUUGCAAUUUCAUUGUAUUUUGUGCCUUGUAUCAGGAAAAAUGAUGUUAAACAUAUCUAUCCUUAAAAAAAUCUUGUGACUCUAAAAUGAUCUACUAGAGAAUAGCUUGAACUAAAUCUCAAAAUGAUUCGUCCUUUAGGAUUAUCAAGAUGAGCUUUAUAACAUCCUAAAGCAGAAUUCAAACUAGAAUGAGAAUUUCUUGUAAAUUGUGACGGUACUUUCUGUUCCACAAUGCGUUGUAAAGCCUAUCAGUAUGUCACUUGGUUUAUUGAAUGUGGUGGAUUAAUCACUUCUCAGGUUUGAGCUUUGCGGAGUUUAUUAAGCAGCAAAGGUAUCUUUGCACAGUCAUUUUGACUUCAUCAGUUUUUUUUUUUUUUUUUUUUUUUUUGUGUAGAUUUUUUUCCAGUAAAGUAUUUGCUUUAAAUCGGAGCACCAUCUGCCUCAGAAGAGACUUCUUUAAAGCUAAAUUCAAACAGUUUUUUGGUUGGUUUUUUUCAUUGCGGUUUAAUGCUGUCUGCACUUUUAUUGUUCGGCUUGUUAACUUUCAGGUUUGAUAGAAUCCAAAGUGUGACAAGCAUGGGAAGGUUAUCAGCUCUUAGUCAAGGUGACCUGUGGUGUAACAUGAGCAUGACAAGGAAUGCAACUUGUAAAAUGAGCAACAAUUUAUGAGAUUGUAUAAAUUAUGAAUAAAAGAUGUUAUCUGAUA